CGAGAGCGACUCUCUCCCUCACUCACUCACACUCACUCACUCAAUCUCUCUCUCUCUCUCUCUCUCUCUCUCUCUCUCUCUCUCUCUCUCAUUCAGUUCGAUACGCAUCUUUCGCCUCUUUGGCCUUUUCCCCAUAGAUUCCUCAAAACUUGUAACUCUCGAGGAUCUCACGCGCCGACCCACCAUUCCAGCUUAGGGUUCGUCUCGGAUCACACAGGCUCAGCACUCAUGGAGCAAUCAUACAUUUUUCUUGAGGUUUGAUGUUGGGAAAAAUCGGUGGACUUGUUAGGAAUUUGUAGACAAUGGAGAGGCCAAAGACCCCAGAAACCCUAGAAGAUCAAAACCCUAGUGGUAAAACCCUAGAAGGGGCAUCUGAGUUGUUAGGGUGGAGUGAGAACUGUACUGGGUUGGAGUCAUUUCCUGGAAUUUUGGGAGGUAGUGGAGAAGGAGUUGGUGUUACCGGUAAUGAUGCGGCACUUGGUUAUGUGGAAGGGGUGACUCAAGCGGUGGAAGCCAAGAAAGGAAUCCUGGAUGGUAAUAAAGGAGAGGAUUUGGGAUUGUUGGGUAUGGAUGCAGUUUCUGGUAUGUUUAAUAGUUGCAUGAAUGGUGUUGGGGUUGAGGAGGCUUGUUGGCUUAAUGGUGGGGUUGGUGGGGAAAAUGAGGCUCAAAUGGGCUCCCAAAGGUUGCCAUCCGAAAUAGGAAAUGAUGUUCUGAUUGAUUUUGCGGAGCCACAGUCAGAUGGGAACGGGAACUUAGAGGAUUUGGGUGGUAAUGAGAAUGAAGAGGGUGGAGUUGAUGUGGAAAGCGAUGCUCAAAUGGGUUCCCAACAUUCCCUAUCAGAUAAUGGAAAUGACGUGCAGACGGAUUUUGUGGAGCCACAGUCAGAUGGGAACGGGAACUUUGAGGAUUUGGGUGGUAAUGAUAAUGAAGAGGGUGGAGUUGAUGUGGAAAGCGAUGCUCAAAUGGGUUCCCAACGAUUGCCAUCAGAUAAGGGAAAUGACGUUCAGAUGGAUUUUGCGGAGCCAGAGUCAGAUGGGAACAGGAAUCUCGGGAACUUAGAGGACUUGGGUGGUACUGAUAAUGAAGAGGAUGGAGUUGAGAAGAUAGCUGAUUAUGAUGAUGGUAUGAAUGAAGGAAAAGCAUUGGGAUUGAAUGGGAUUGACUUAGUUGGGGUUGACUCAUCUAGCAAGAAGAUAGAAGUUUCGGAUGAUGGUAUAUCACUGUUUGUGGAUUUUAGUGGCCAUCCACCAGAUGAUCUUCAGGUGGCAAGUUGUCCUGGAUUUGCAGGUACAGAAACUGUAGAAGAAUUUGGACAUGAUGAACAGGAGAAGGAUUUUGAUUAUCAAGGCUAUGGUUUUUCUGUGGGUGACAUUGUAUGGAUUAAAACCAAAACCCAGACAUGGUGGCCUGGUAAAAUAUAUGAUCCAGUAUAUGCGUCAAAGUUUGGUGCCAGUGGGGAUCCAGGGGGCUGUCUACUAGUUGGAUAUUUUGGGAUGAGUCAUGUAGCAUGGUGCCAUCCAUACCAACUAAAACCUUUUCGUGAGUACUUUGAGCAGAUGUCGGGGCAAAGCAAGGCUAGAAUAUUCCUUGGAGCUGUUGAGAAAGCACUCGAAGAGUUUGGUCGGCUUGUAAAAUUGAAUAUGACUUGUAUGUGUGUUUUGAAAGAAAACCACCUGUCAGCCAGUGAUGCAGAAUCUAACAAAGGAAUUCCCAUGCCUGACCGCAAAUCUGGCAAACUUGGUGAAUUUUCAGUUGAUCAUUUUAAUUCUGCAGAGUUUCUUGCGCAUCUCAAAAAUCUUGCACUGGUUGUUUCCAUAGGUGGCACACUUGAUUUUGUUGUCAAACGAAAUCAAUUAUCAGCCUUCUACUGUUCCAUAGGGCACAGCCAACUGCCUAUGCAUCUACUCCGGGAAACAAAUGAUGCUGAAGAUGGUGCUGAUUGCAAGUCAAUGGCUAAACGUAAUGUCGACAUUCGGGUUGGAUAUGGAGAUACUGAGCUAGAUGAAGUGUUCUUGAAAAGCACACCAUUAAAUAACUCUCAGAAGAAUGGAAGAAAUGAAUUGUUAGACAAGGUUUUUGAUGGAGACAAUAUUGCUGAUGAAGGUUUCAUCUCAGGUUCAAAAUUGAGGAGGAGAAAGGUGAAGAGGGAUUCUGACUUUGAAUAUGGUGAUGUUGGAAAUGAGGGAAUGACUGAAAAAGGCAUUGAAUCAAAAGAACGGAAGAAGAGCAGGUACUUGUCUUACCCGUACAUAAACUUGGGACAGAAGGGAUUGCCUGCUGAAAUGGAUGAUGAGGGAGUGGCUGCAAAUGUUGAUGCCAGCCAGUCUAGUGGAUCGCCUUCUAAUUUUAAAUUUACUGGUGAGAAGUUCUGGAGAAAGUGGUAUAAAAGGCUUACAGGUGAAAGUAACAUAUCCGGUGACCCAAACUUAAUAAAUGCAUCUUCUGCUGAGUUGCUUUCUGAAAUCUACUCUACAGCUGUCAACUGCCUAUAUCCGAACGAAAAUAAGACAUUUGAUUCAGUUGCCUGGUUUGUUUCUAGAUUCAGGAUUUCAGUAUUUCAUGAUGAAUCUAUUUGUGAAGCCUAUCGUAACAAUAUGGCUGGUCAGGAAGAUGCUAACCCCAACCUGUUGGGAUAUAGCAGUCAGAACGAGGCAAAAUCUGAACCAAAGAAAAGGAGGAGAAAGUCUAAGUUGAAGCAUCCAGAGGGCGAAGACACUGCCAGCAUACCAAAUCUAGUUCAAAGCACUUCAACUGGUACAAAGAAAAGGGGACGACCAAAUCUGGGAAGAUUGAAGACUAAAUCCCUUUCUGGACUGUCAGAUGUGAAUAUUGGCAUCACCCCUGAUAGCUUUUUGGUGCAAGAGUCGUUGGACGUACACCCUCUCAUGCCCUGUGGUAAGCAAAAGAAUAGAAAGAUCGAUGAUGUAGCAAGUCCAGUGUGUCUGCAGAAUAAACAAACUACAGGAAUUCCAGAUUUAAAUGGGAACAAUCUUCUACCUGGCCUUCUCGGUGAUGAUCAACAGGCUAUUGGCACUGCUGCUUCUGAAGGUAAAGUUUUGUUAGAAAAUAGGUUAGGGAGUGAAACGGCUUCAGAGCAUUUGAAGUCUAAUAUCCCUGCUGGCUUUGUAGAUGUGAAUGUAAACAAUGUGAAACCUGGUUCUUUGGUUGUAGAUCUGCGGGUUUCUCCUCAAGCUUUGUCAUGCCUGGACCCCAAACAGAUUACUGGCUUACUCUCAGCUGAAACUAGGCCUGCACAGAGAAAGAGAAAGAGAAAGGAGAAAGCAGAACCAAAGCCUCCGGCUGAUGGUAUUCCAGAUUUGAAUGGAAGUAGUGCUGAAUGCAACUUAUUGGGAAAGACAUGUCAAGAGUUUAAUGGCCUUACGCCUCCAAUUAAACCAGAGCGGAAGAGGAGGAGGAGAAAAGGAGAAGCUACCGCUAUGCAGCGGAAACUGGAUGUGAAUAAUGGUAAAGCUCAGAUUAAUGAUAAGGCUCUGGCAACUGCUCUUAUGUUGAACUUUUCCCCAGGAGUAGCAAUGCCUUCAAAAGAUGAUUUGAUUUCAACAUUUUGUCGGUUUGGACCUUUGAAGGAGUCGGAGACACAGAUGUUGAAAGAUCCUGGUAGUGCCCAGGUUGUAUUCAUGGAAAAUGCUGAUGCUGGAGAAGCACUUCGGAGUCUAGAGAAGGACAACCCUUUCGGAGGAAACCUCGUUAGUUACAAGCUCUUCCAUCUUCCAUCUGUGUCCAGGGUUUUAGAACCAGGUUGGUCUCUCCCCACAGGUCUAGCCUCUCCAAGUUUGCCUGAAAAGGCACCUCGCCUCGACUUCAUAAGGCAGAAUCUUCAGAUGAUGACAUCAAUGCUGGAGAACUCAGGAGACAAUCUUUCUCCGGAGAUGCGAGCAAAGCUGGAGUGUGAAAUUAAGGCCCUCCUGCAGAAGGGAGUGACUCCUUCGGGCAGGCUCUGUAGGUGAAUUAAUGUUAGAAUUGGAACCUUUGUAAUUUAUUGCAUGUCAUGGCAUAGGCAAAUGACCUAUUGCAUUCGAACCUCUAUGUAUCUCUAGUAAUUCGGCUUUUCGUUAUUUCA